CGAUUUGUUUCCUGACCAUUCUUCGCGCGCCACCUACCAGGCUACUACGCGGUCCACGCGCUUCUCCUCUGACCCUGCCAUCCCCUCUCUUCUCGUCGGCGGCUUCCCUGGCUCCGGCGACCGGCCGGCGCCUGGCAGGUGUACACAUCAGUAAUUGGAAUGGCUUCUUCGAAGCUUCAAGCCCUUUGGAACCAUCCUGCUGGCCCCAAAACCAUUCAUUUUUGGGCUCCAACAUUUAAAUGGGGGAUCAGCAUUGCGAACGUUGCCGACUUUGCCAAGCCUACUGAAAAGAUAUCCUAUCCCCAGCAAGUCGUUAUUACUUGCACCGGAAUCAUCUGGUCACGCUACAGCACGGUUAUCACACCGAAAAACUGGAACCUUUUCAGCGUUAGCCUUGCGAUGGCCGGUACAGGAUUGUAUCAGCUCUCCCGUAAAAUAAGGGAAGACUGCUUUUCAGACGAAAAGGAGGUAGCUGCUGCGUCGGUGGAAGGAUAAUGACACGACCGACCGGUUUGAUCAAUUUCAAUGUCAUGCUUGCUACCUUGGAGUCGGUUUGAGCUGCACUGCGGAGAAUGUUGAAACAUGAACCCGUAAUCAAAAUAAUCAAUGUUAAUGCAUUGUGCCGCAAAAAGACAUGAAAAUGUCAACUGCCCCAUUGUAUUACUGUUUGAGCAAAAUUAAAGCGUUGCAUAUGCAAGCAA